AUGAAACAAAACUGUCGUCUGCAUCGGGCUGCUGCAAUAAGUUUGAGCCAAGGGUUGAGGUCAGAAGGAUGGAUGUACUUUAUUUAUGGUGAACAGUGUCCCGUUAGUAAUGGUUUCAUUCACGAUAGAGAGAAUGAUCUUUGCAUUAAGAUUUCUGAGCAACAACUGAAAGCUGAUGAAGGAGAGCAGUUCUGUACAGAUAAUUCCGCAAAACUUAUUACUCUUGAAACGGCCAGCAAACAAGCUCGUUUCGAUAGGUUUCUUGCUAAGACGCCAUAUUCGUUCGUCACUGUCACUGACCGUUAUCGGAUUGGGUUGCACUACAUUGCACCACAAUGGGUCUGGAACAAUGGAGACGUUUUGAGCUAUGAUAAUUGGGCAGAAAAUGAACCAAACUGCAAGUGUGCAUGUGGUGGUAUAACAGUAUAUUCUUCUGCUUGGAGCGAUAAUAGUGAUAGAUGCAAGAAUCAAAUUGCACAGUCAGUAUGCGAGAUAAAAUAA